AUGUGUACUGACAGUGGAAAUCUAAUGGCUAUUGCCCAGCAAGUUAUCCAGCAGAAGCAGCAACAAGAACAACAGCAGCAACACCACCAACAGCAUCAACUCCUUACCAUUAACCCUUUUUGUCUAGGUACAUGGCCCACCACCACCGCAGGCGCCGCCCAUCAUAACCAGAGCCCCCCUGCCACCACCUCUAUGAGCUAUGGCCUUAUUGGAACUGCUUCCUUCACCGAUCCUUUUCAGCUUCCGGGCGCUGGACCAGAAGCUAUUGAACCUGGCUUUCACUUCCCCACUCUGGAACACAACUCAACUGGAUAUCGAUUCUCGGAUUUGUGUGGUGGCCCAGGUGGCGAGUUUGACUCGGACGAGUGGAUGGAGAGCUUCAUGGGUGGGGGAGAUUCCACGGGUAGCUCUAAUAUCCAAUCGAAUUGUGAAGCGUGGCAGACUAGCUCAGAGUUUAAUCUCUAUUCUGCUGAUGCCUUCACCAGUUGUCCACCGAGUCGACUCAGUAUUAACUCUUCUUCACCUUCCAAUGUCAACGGAGUUGUCCUUUCCGAGCCACCACAAAUUACAGCUUGGGUCUCUACCUCCUCCCCAACUCCGCCUCCAUCUCUUCCACCCGUUGCAUCUAGGCCAGCACCCAAAAAUGACGCUUCAGUUGCUGGCACCACUACCGGAGCAUCUACGAGUUCGGCGGAUACUUCAUUCUCAAACAAACCAAUUUUAAAAGCCUUGUUAGACUGUGCUUGUCUCUCUGUGUCAGACCCAGAAAAUGCAGCGAAAUCACUGAUUCAACUCAAAGGUUCGAUCUCCCAGCACGGCGAUCCGAUUGAGCGAGUAUCAUUCUAUUUCUCUGAAGCUCUUUACUGUAGAAUCUUAAAUCAGGCAGAAAAGAUUCCGACGAUAUAUGAUACAACCUCAGAGGAGUAUACUUUAUCAUACAAAGCACUCAACGACGCCUGUCCUUACUCCAAAUUUGCUCAUUUAACUGCAAAUCAAGCAAUUCUUGAAGCCACUGAGAGAGCCAAGAAAAUCCACAUAGUUGAUUUUGGGAUUAUUCAGGGAGUCCAAUGGGCGGCACUUUUGCAGGCUUUGGCCACCAGAUCCGCCGGAAAACCCGAAAGAAUUCGGGUUUCGGGUAUUCCGGCGCUGUCGCUGGGAGAUUCUCCGGCAGCGGCCCUUUUGGCUACUGGGAAUCGGUUGCGUGACUUUGCCAAGCUGCUGGAUCUGAAUUUUGAGUUUGAACCUGUUUUGAUACAGUUUCAAGAGCUUAACGGGUCGAGUAUCCGGAUCGAUCCGGAUGAGGUCCUUGCUGUGAAUUUCAUGCUCCAAUUAUAUGGUCUGCUUGAUGAGGGUAAUGAAUGUGUUGAAGCAGCUUUAAAGCUUGCAAAAUCACUGAAUCCGAAAGUGGUUACACUGGGUGAGUACGAAGUUAGCUUGAAUCGGGUCGGGUUUCUGCACCGUUUCAAGAAUGCCCUCAAAUACUAUACCGCGGUUUUCGAAUCACUUGACCCGAAAUUGACGAGGGAUUCGGCGGAGAGACUGCAAAUUGAAAGGCUAUUACUCGGCCGUAGAAUUGCCGGCAUAGUUGGCCCGGAGGAACCGAGAAGCAGACGAGAACGAAUGGAAGAUAAAGAAAACUGGAGAUUGUUAAUGGAAAGCGCGGGCUUUGAGCCAUUAAAGCUGAGCCAUUAUGCAAUGAGCCAAGCAAAGAUACUUCUAUGGAACUACAAUUACAGCACAAUGUACCAGUUGGUUGAUUCUUCUCCUGGAUUUCUCUGUUUGGCUUGGAACGAUGUUCCUCUCCUCACUAUUUCUUCAUGGCAUUGA